CAGCACGGUUCGUUUUACACCUCUUUGGUCCUUCCGAACGCGACGCUCAGAGUAUUGAACACCUGUCGCCGUGCUAACAAACCGUAGUACAAUAAGAAAAAAAUCUCUCUCCCUCGCUUUCUUGCUCGCUUGCCACGGAAAAUAAACAAAGAAGCUAAUCUCUAGCAAGUGAUGGAUGAAGUUUCUCUCAAUAGCUUGCCAUUGCCUGAGGAUGAAGGAAAUGAAUAUGGAACAGAAAAAGAAUGUGAGAUGAUGGAACCUGAUGUUCAAAAAUCACCUGUUGUAACUCAAAGAAAUAAUGAAAUUGUGCCACCUUUUGUAGGGAUGGAAUUUGAGUCUUAUGGUGGUGCUUACAAUUAUUACAAUAACUAUGCAAGGGAACUUGGAUUUGGCAUCAGAGUGAAAAGUUCAUGGUUUAGAGAAAAGAGUAAAGAAAAGUAUGCUGCAGUACUUUGUUGCAGUAGAGAGGGUUUUAAAAGGCAGCGAGAGACAAACCGUAUAAGACCAGAAACUAGAACUGGUUGUCCAGCAAUGCUGAGGGUUAAAUUAGUGGACUCUAAAAAGUGGAAGGUGACUGAAGUUAGUAUUGAACACAACCAUUUAAUUACUCCUGCUAGUGUACAAUUUUAUAAGUCACAUAAAAGCAAUAGCUUUGCUACCAAAAAGAAAUUGCAGUUAGAUUGUGAGACUGUAAUGCUGACAAAUAAAUUGCUCCAAUCAUUUACCCUGGAUUUAUGGGAUCAUGAAACCUUGAGCUUUGAUGAAAGAAAUGCUUUGUGCCUUGAUCUGGACACACAACUGAAGAUUAAAGAAGGAGAUUCAAAAGUCCUCUUGAAUUUUUUCUGCCGCAUGCAGCUAAUGAGCCCAAACUUCUUUUACUUGAUGGAUUUCACUGAUGCUGGACAUUUGCGGAAUGUGUUUUGGGCUGAUGCCAGGUCCAGGGCUGCAUAUCAUUACUUUGGUGAUGUUGUUGCACUUGAUACUACAUAUUUGAUGAACAAUUAUGAAAUACCUUUGGUGUCAUUUGUUGGGGUGAAUCACCAUGGGCAAUCUAUUCUACUAGGUUGUGGUUUGCUUUCAGGUGAGACAUUAGUGUCAUAUUUUUGGUUGUUCAAGGUAUGGCUUUCAUGCAUGUUAGGGCGUCCACCAUCUGCAAUAAUCACAGACCAAUGUAGGGCCAUGCAAAGAGCAACUGAUCUGGUUUUCCCAGGAGUCCAUCACCAUAUUUCUUUGUGGCAUAUCAUUCAAAAAGUUCCAGAGAAACUGAGAGGGUUUCAUGAAUAUGAAUCAAUUAAGAGCUCCUUGAGUAAUGCAGUUUACGACUCUUUGAGAGUAGAUGAAUUUGAAACAGCUUGGGCGGAAAUGAUCCAGCAUCAUGGAGUUGGGAAUCAUGAAUGGAUUCAAACAUUGUAUGAGGAUCGACAUCGAUGGGCUCCAGUAUAUUUUAAGGACACAUUUUUUGCGGGUAUGUCCACUACACAACGAAAUGAGGGCAUGACUGCAUUCUUUGAUGGGCAUGUGCAUAAACAGACCUCUUUGAAGGACUUCCUUGACAAAUAUGACUUAGUUCUGCAGAAGAAGUAUCAGAAAGAAGCCAGGGCAGAUUUUGAAUCAAUACAUUUCAAUCCUGUGUUGAAAACAAAAUGUUGUUUUGAGGCACAACUCUCCAAGGUUUACACAAAGGAGAUAUUUAAGAAGUUCCAGUAUGAGGUUGAGGAGAUGUUUUCAUGUUUUAAUACAACACAAAUACAUGCUGAUGGUCCAAUUAUAAUAUAUGUAGUUAAAGAGCGUGUUGAGAGUCAAGGAAAUAGGAAGGAGAUCAAGUAUUAUGAAGUUUUAUAUAAUGCAUCUGAAGUUGAAGUUCGUUGCACUUGCAAUUGGUUUAAUCUCAAAGGUUAUUUAUGUAGACAUGCAUUAACUGUCCUUAACUACAACGGCAUUGUGGAGAUCCCUUCCCAAUAUAUUCUUUCAAGAUGGAGAAAGGAUUUUAAGCACAUGCAUAUUCCAGAUUAUGGAUCCAAAGAUGUUGAUAUUAAUAACCCAUUACAAUGGUGUGAGCAUUUAUACAAGCGUGCCGUUCAAGUUCUGGAUGAAGGCAUUAAAUCUCAAGAACACUACAAAGUUACUUUGCAAGCAUUGGAGGAGUUGUUGGAUAAGGUUCGGCAUCUAUAGGUUCUGGGUUAAGGGAGACAAUAAAAUGGAAGAAUCUAAGUGCAAGUGGAAACUUAAAGUCUAUUAUUGCAAGUAAAGCAGGUACUGUGAUGGAGGCUAUGGAAUGCCUUUUCUUGAGAAAGUCCACAAUCAUCUUUCGAACAAAAGGAUCUUGAGAAAGUCCACAAUCAAUUUUCAUUUUCUUUACAUGAUUUUCUUGAAAAUUUUCUGUAUAUUUAUUUUGAGAUUCUAUAGUUGGUUGUAGAGCAGAGCUUCAGUUUGUUGCCCCAACAAUACAAUGUCUUUAAUCUCUUGACAACCCAAUAAGCACACAACUGGGCAUCUGUUAAUUGAGGACUCCUUAAUGGUUAUCUAAAAUUGUAAUCUAAGGCUCUGUUUGGAUUGACGUUUAUUUUGUGUUUUUAAUAGCCCAAAAGAAGAAGCUUGCUUUUGGGAUUUUACUGUGUACUUUUUAUUGUAAAACCCAUUUGGGGAGUAUGUUUUUGCAGAACAUGCUUUUUACAGUAAAAGGUACAAACAUGCAUUUGGAUACAAUAAUCUACUUACUUUCACAUUGAACCAUGCUUGUGUUAACUUUUCAGUAAUGAAAUUUAGAAGUCUCUCAAGGUCACAUGGCAUGUGGAUAUACAUGUGACAUGUGACAAACAGAUGUGAUAUGGCAUAUGACAGACAUACACAUGCCAUAUGAUGCACAAGUGCCAAGUGGGACAUUCGCGUGAUAUGUUAUGUGAGCUGCAUGUGCCACAUACAUGUUCUACAUGGAAUGUGGAACAGAUGCUUUGACAUCAGACAAGACUAACAUUCCUGUUGUCAUAUGGCAUAUGUGUGCUAUGUCAUUAUUUAUAUACUUUCAUAUGUCAUAAAAACUUUGCCACAUUAUACAUUUUCCUAUUUAAUUGAUCUUUAUGUCAUGUAGCAUCUCGAUGAGGCAGAUAAAUGUUGAAGAUGAACCGAAACAAGUGGCAUAUGAGUUAUAUGUGACUUGUUAAAAAUAAAAGUAAAAACACAGAUGAAAGCACAAAUCCAGAAAAUUUUUCUUCAUGUUUUAGUGCUUUAGUCUAGUACUUUUACCAUUCUUGCUUUUCAAAACAGGCAUAUCCAAAUACAUAAUGUACUUUCAAACCAUAUUUUACUUUCCAAAUACAAGAGUACAUUGAAAAAGUCUGGCCAAACAGGGCAUAAAAUGCCUUACAUUGCUUUAUCUACAAUAUGUUUCUUUA